AUGACCGUCCCCGCUGCAGCCACGCCCGCGACGAAGUCUGCCUUUCGGGACCUGACACUGCGAGUCAACGGCUCUAGGUUGAUGGAAUCGAUCCAUUCGACGUGCGAAUUCGGCAAAGCUCAUCCGUAUGGAGAUCACCCGACCGAGACCGGAAUGGGCCGUCUCUCCCUAAACGACGACGACAAAGCGGUCCGCAAAUGGCUUAUAGACGAAGUACGGGCUAUCGGCUGCACCGUUACCGUCGACCAGAUGGGCAAUAUUUUCGCGAUAAGGCGGGGUAAAUCCAAGACCAUGGCGCCCAUUAUGAUGGGGUCGCAUCUUGACACGCAGCCUACGGGAGGCAGGUAUGACGGUAUCCUGGGCGUCAUGGCGGCCCUUGAGGUCUUGAGAACACUACACGAGAACAAUGAGGAAGGCGCUCGCUUCCCGAUAAUCACCAUGGCCUCUGCCGUCUGGUCUGGAGCCAUCCCGCUUGAAACAGCCUGGAACUGCACAGAAGUGACCCCUCCGCAAAACGGAUCGACCCCUCGCACUGUUAGACAAGAACUCGAACGCAUCGGCUUCCUCGGUGACAUCUCGGCAUCGCAUGAGGCCCAGACCAUGGCCGCGCACUUCGAGCUGCACAUAGAACAAGGCCCUAUCCUCGAGGAUGAGGAGCGCAAGGUCGGCGUCGUCACAGGCGCACAGGCCUACCGCUGGUACGAGGUUGAGGUCAAAGGGAGGGAUGGGCACGCGGGAACAACUCCGCUCGCCGCCCGGAGAGAUUCACUCUUGGCUGCGGCUAAGAUGAUUGUGGCAUCUAACCAGGUUGCUAAGUCCUUUGAGGGCCUUAUCACCACGGGCAUCAUCAACGGUCUUCCGGGGAGCGUAAACACCGUGGCGCACACUACGAAAUUCUCCCUAGACAUCCGCCACCCCAGCAAUGAGACGCUGGCCGAGAUGGUCGCAGCGCUCCGCGAGAAGUUCGACACAAUUGCCUCCAAGGACUCGGGGCGGGGUGUCCAAGUUCACUGGAAGGCUCUCACGGAUAACGCUGCCACAGCCUUUCACAAGGACUGCAUCGCGGUGGUGGAGGAGGCGGCAGAUGAGGUGUGCGCGCGGCUACCAGGCGGUUCUUCGGACAGCGGCCGCAAACUGUGGAGGCACAUGGUGAGCGGUGCUAGUCAUGACAGCUGUCAAGUGAGCAAGGUCUGUCCCACAGCUAUGAUUUUCUCACCGACGAGGAAUGGUCUGAGCCAUACUCCGGACGAAUAUUGCAGCCCCGAGGACUGUGUGGUUGGGGCUCAGGUGUUACUGGGUGCGGUCGUAAGGUAUGACGCCGCUCGUAGCUGA